CGGAGCAGACGCUCGGCUCGCUGUAAUAUCGGUUCAGUGUUCGAGGCAUUCUGUGAGUGUUCGGGUGGUUUUCAGACUCCGGUGGGAACAGUCCAGAGAUAAAAGAUGAUCGAGCUGGGCCUCGCCGACGGCAGCUUGAUCGACGAGCUGAUGGAGCUGAUGGCGCAGAGCCUCGGCCAGCUGGAGAUCCAGGAGCGCUUCAACGUCAUCAAGGAGAUCGGCCGAGGGAAGUACGGCAAAGUGCUGCUGGUCACGCAUCGCUUCAGGGGGACUCCCAUGGCCUUGAAAGUGAUGCCCAAAGCCUCGACUAAGCUGCAGGGCUUUCUCCGAGAGUACUGCAUCUCCCUACACCUGUCCCACCACCCCUGCAUCGUGGGCCUCUUUGGCAUCGCCUUCCAGUCCAACGAGCACUACUGCUUCGCCCAGGAGCUCGUCAUCGGACGGGACCUUUUCGCCGUCAUCCAACCAAAGGUGGGUAUACCAGAGUCCUCCGUAAAACGCUGCGUCCUCCAGAUCGCCAGCGCUCUGGAGUUCAUCCACAGCCACGGCCUGGUCCACCGAGACGUCAAGCCCGAAAACAUCCUGCUGCUGGACAACCACUGCUGCCAGGUGAAGCUGGCCGACUUCGGCCUCGCCCAGAAGAGGGGCACCAUGAUCCGCUUCAUCACGGGAACGCUGCCCUACAUGGCCCCAGAACUGUGCACCGUGGCCCUGCUGGACGGCCAGAAGGAGGUGACGGCCGCCCCCCUCAGCGUGGAGCCCAGCCUGGACACCUGGGCCUUCGGCGUGGUCAUCUUCUGCAUCCUCACCGGCUACUUCCCCUGGGAGCGCUGCAUGGACUCGGACGACUUCUACCAGGAGUUUGCGGACUGGUGCAGGCUGGAGGAGAGGCCCGACGCCGAGGAGGACGUUCCUCCUUUGUGGAAAAGGUUCACUCCGGACGCGAUGGAGAUGUUCGCUAAGCUGCUGGCUCUGGAUGCGAGAAAGCGGUGCAGCGUGGUGGAGGUGAGGGCGUACGUGGAGAAGGACUGGCUGAAGCAGCAGGCAGGUGGACCGGUGGACAACCAGCCUGGUGCUUAGAAACGGUUGGGUUCACAGUUUCUGAUGCCCAGUAUAUCAUAUCGGCCUAACAGUGCAACUUGCCCUGAAGAAACGCAUGUUAACAUCCUCCUGAAUGAAGGUGCGUUAUUCUGAGUUCCUGAGUUCAAGAGUCACGCCAGAAACAAAGACUCCACAGUGAUGCUUAAACCAGCGGCGGAAGAAGUAUUUGGAGGUGCAACGGUCACGAACUGCAUAUUUUUAUGUGCAUUUUAAAGCAUCACAUUAGAUAAAAGUUCAUGGAAGCAGCAAAACUUUCUUCAGUUUCGUCAAAAAGUUCAUAAACUCGUCAGAGAUUAUGUUUUCGGAAAAGAGAAAAUGAAGUAAACAUGUGACAGUUAAACCUUCUCUGAAUAGGUUCUGACGUAUCAAACAUUGAGCCCAGAUGUGGGUCCCUCCACCUGAAUUCAUCACAUGGCUCCCACAUGACCAUGUCAGGAUGGAGGUUCAUCAUAAACAUGGUUCUGUAGUAGAGUUCCUUUUAAUCAUUUGAAUGUUAUGCAGCACAUGUUUAAUGUGACUUCAAGGCUCAGCGCUAACUUUUACUGUCGCUGUAAUGACGCAUUUAGCUCAACCCACAUGAACAUUUCGGCGAGUCGAGGAGCUGAUACGGGCAGAAAUAAGAACAAAUAUAAAAUGUUUAAUGAACUAGAAGUUCUGCUGAUAAACUCAAGGACGUUUCACAGUCUGACUUCUGGAUGCAUUAUUAUUAUAUAUUGUUAUUAAAGUGUUUAAAUCUUCUUGGUCUUAUGUAACAGUCUGUUGUGAAUAAACCAUCGCUGGCCUCUAUCGUCUGUAAAUCUAAAUGUAAUCCAACACCAGGUUUCUGACAUUUUUGUUGAUGCUGUAAAAAGAUGCUUAGUUGGUGCUAUAAUGGCCUAUGUUGCAUUUAAAUGGUUCCUAUUUGGUUGACACUUCUCUCCACAUAUGAUGGGGUUUUAUUUUACUCCAGGGUCAUGACUCAGGAGCAGUAAAUGACUUUUAUAAAUCCAGUUUUAUUGUUGUUUGCCCUCAAUAUAAUGACAAUAAAGUGACUGUUGCUGCUGCUGUGGCUGCAUAAAAUGGGAAAAACCCUCUUUUAGGCAGUUGAAGUUAGAUUCGUGACCUUCUGGUUGUAGCUGGCUCUGCAGUGAUGGAUGCUGCUGCUGUUUGGACACCACAGGUGCUUUCAGGGCAGAUCUGAGGAGGACCGAACCACUCUUGGCCCGUAGCCUGAUGCUCAUGCUUUACAUGCUUCUAUAGGGCAUUACGUGUCCGUCAGCCGACACUCGGACCUCCAGGCCCGUCGGACAAACACGAAUGCAGCCGACGUAAAUCCAACCACAAAGCCGCUGCAGACGUUUGAAUCUGCGUAGGAGCGUCACGCAUGUUUAUCCCGAAUAACAACACAAGACGCUAAACUGUUUCAGAGAUGAACGACAGAUUAAAAAAAAAAAAAAAAGCACAACCUCUUAAUGUCAGACACCAGAUAAGUAUAGUUUCCAGGAAACAGCAUCUACUUGAGCUAUCGUCACAUGAUUUCCUCCCCGUGCCAACUAAAGAUCAUCUGCGGUGAUGCACUUUCCUCUUUAUCUUAUCUACUCGUGUUUCUGUUACUCGAGCACUUGAACGCCACGUCGGUCUCUAAACGCACUCCGAUGGACCGAUACUGAUGGAUGAGGAUGUUUCUGGCCCUUUUCGCUGCUCUUUAGAACAGAUGAUAACAUUUUAAAACUAAAUAAAGACAUUUGAAGCAGGACGGCGGAGUUGUCUUCUUGAAUUCAUCCGCUUGCUUUCACGAACGUAUUAAUUUAACAACCUGAAAAUAUACAAGUACAGACUGGAUAUCUAA